ACAGGGCCACACAACAACUGAUCAGCUGUGAAAUGCUUGCAAUAACCGGGGCUACGUUAAGACCAUCACUAUUAAAGUAAAAAACAAACAAGCGCAUUUUGUGCUUCCCAAAAGUUAAUUUACUUAAUUUUUAUAUUUUGUUGUCCUUUUAAUUGUGUUUGUUAUGACUGCGGAAAUGCAUUGGAGCUAUGACAUACUCAAGCAAAUGGCCAUCGAAGGCGCCUCCAAAUCAGACUUGGAAGAUAUGAAGGAGCUGCUGUCCAAUGAAAUUGGAUCUGCACGUAAAAAGGAUCGCAUCCAUACCAUACAGGACUUGAUUGAUUGCCUAGAACGAGGUGAUCAAAUCAACGAGGAGAAUGUGGAUGCUUUUCGUACGAUUGGCAGACAAAACCCGCCAUUGCUGCAGGCUCUAGAUAGCUACCAGAAAGUCCCAUUUACGCGUCCCUUUGUGAAUCAAUAUCGGGAGCAACGUCUCGCGGAUCAAUUAAGACAGCAACUUCACAUUAGUGCAUCCCAUCACAUUGCUCCACCUCAAGCGGUUGUGGCACCACAACCACAGCCACAGAACUAUGUGGUAACUGCUCAAUUCACGGCUGAGAAGCGAGCGGCAAUCUUCAAGAAGAUCUCACAGGAAUGCGGUCGCUCCUGGCGAGAAUUGGGUCGCAAACUAGGCAUUGGCGAAGGCAUCAUGGACGACAUCGAGACCACCUAUCCGCGUGACCUCAAGUCGCGCAUUCUCCGCCUGCUGCAGAUCUUCGAGGAGGAUGAAUGCAACGAUCCACGUCAACUGCUCCUGCAACUCUGUCAAGGACUCGCCGACUGCGGUCGCAAGGAUUUGCGGAAGAAGGUCGAGCAAAUAAUGUCACACUAAUCACAACAAUAAGUCUUCCAAUGUGAUCGCCAUAAACUAAAGAUUUGUAUAAGUCUGUAAGCAAAGCAUUUAGGAAACGUAUUUAAUUUCAAUUUUCCAAAGCAAUAGCAUACCAUAAAUUCCAAUUCAGAAUUAAUUUUGAUUUUCAUCUUGAUCUUUUUAAGAACUAAGCAAAAUUAUUUUUUUACUUAUCGUUCAGGAGUUAAAAUAAUUCCUUUAUCAGUAUGAUUGCAGCUAACCAGUUAAAGGCUCCUCCUUUAUUCAACUUUUAUUUAGUUAAACAUAAGAAAGCAACCAACGCUUAUAAAAAAAAAUUGGAAGUACUGUUAAGUUGUUAGCAUUACACUCGAUGAUAUAGGCAAUUGUCUUCCCUUGCAAAGUUAAUCAAAGAAAGAACGCUAAAAUGACAAUAAUUUUAUAUAAAAAUGGUGCAUGUAAAACAAAAAUAUGUUUGGGUAUACAGUAUUAUGCCAAUAAUUGUAAGUAGAGUACAUUAAAAUUAAAAUGUAUACCCAAUAAUAGUUUUAAUUUUUAAUUAUAAUAAAACCAUUAUCGUUAUUACAUUGUCUGACUAGUCAAAAAUGGAUGAACUUAUCAGCAAUGUAUGAUUAAUUAAAACCGAUAGCGCCUUUUUAUAUAAAAUUUCAAUAUAAAACAAAAAACUAAACUGUCAUAAUCCAAAACAUGUCAAUGCAUCUACAUGCACUAUUAAGCAUUUAUCUUAAAUCAUAUUGCAAUUGUU